AUGGGAGACCAUAAAGAACUCAUCGAACAAUUUAAAUCAAUUACAAAUGCAAAUGAACAAGAGAGUACAUUUUAUUUAGAAUCACAUAAUUGGGAUAUAGAGGAAGAAGAUGAUGAUAUUGAUUUGAUUAUUGACUUAUUGUUAUUUCAACAUGGUGGAUCAGCUCAACCAACUACUGCUCAACCAACUGCUGCACGUCCAACUGCAUCAUCACGUCCAAAUACAAGAGAUUUAUUGUCUCAAAUGGACGAUGAAGAAGAAGAUGAUAGACCAUACAGAAGACCCCCACAACAAUCUACCUCUUCAUCCUCUUCAUCCUCUUCGUCAUCAUCAAAACCAAAACCAAAAUCAUCAUCACAACCAUCAAGAGGUGGAAUAAGAACAUUAUCAGAUAUUUCAAAAGAUGAUGGAAGUGAUCAUGAUGACGACGAUGAUGACGAUGACAAGACUCAAAGAUACUUUACCGGUGGUGAAAAGAGUGGUUUGAUGAAAGACAAGGAUGAUGUCGUAGACGACGUCUUUGACAGUGCCAAGAAACAGGGUGCCAAGCCUGCCGACCAGCCUGAAAAGGAGGCCAAGGAGUAUUUCGACGGUACUGGCUACCAAUUGGGCUCGGGUGGCGGCGAAGCACAACAAACAAGCAAGAGUGCACCCAAGCCAAAGGAAGAGGUUGAAGAGAUUAAAAUCACGUUUUGGGCCAAUGGAUUCACGCUCAACGACGGUCCAUUGAGACGACUAGACGACCCAGCCAACCGCGAGUUCUUGGAACACAUCCAACGCGGAAAGGUACCACCUGAAUUGGAAACGAAUGCACCUGCCGGAGGUCUCUCUAUCCAUCUCAUCGAUUCUAGAGCCAAGGAAUACUCUGAACCCAUUAAACCUAGAUACGUCGCCUUUUCAGGUGGUGGUCAUACUCUUGGUUCAACUCCAUCUGCUCCAACCAGCACAUCAACCAGUAGUACUUCAUCUACAUCUACUACAUCUACUACGUCUACCACUGCAUCAAAACCAAAACCAACAGUUAAUAUUGAUUCAAGCAAACCAACAACAACCGUUCAAAUUGUAUUGGCCGAUGGUGUUAGACAAAAUGCCACAUUUAAUGAAACACAUACACUCCAAGACCUCAUCUCUUAUAUCAACCAAUUGACUGGUAACACACGUCCAUUUGACCUCAUGUCUGGUUUCCCUCAAAAACCAUUGUCUAUCGACCCAAGUAAAUCUCUCAAAGAUGCUGAUUUGUUAAACUCAUCAGUUAAACAAAAAUACAAGUAA